AUGAAGGCGUAUGCGGUGCCAACCGCGGUUGCUGCGUCGUUCUUGGUGAAAUGGUGCAUUGGCUUGGGGUCGUACUCAGGUCAAGGUACCCCUCCAAUGUACGGCGACUACGAAGCCCAGAGGCACUGGAUGGAACUUACUAUCCACCUUCCUCCUCGAAAAUGGUACACCUACGACCUCCAGUACUGGGGUCUCGACUAUCCACCAUUAACGGCAUAUGUUUCCUGGAUAUGCGGUCAAGUUGGUGCCUUGGUCAACCCAGCGUGGGUUGCACUCGAUAGCUCAAGGGGUAUUGAGACACCCGAGAGCAAGCUAUUCAUGCGAUCGACUGUCAUGUUUUUCGACACCCUCAUAUACGUCCCUGCACUAUAUUACUUUAUCAAGACCUGGCAAGACUCGCGGUCAUCCAGGACCCAGCAUGUCGCGCUGCUCAUUCUGCUGCUGCAACCAGCGCUACUCCUCAUUGAUAAUGGGCACUUCCAAUACAACUCUGUAAUGCUUGGAUUGACAUUGUUUGCCUUGUCAUCCUUUGCCAAAGGGCAAGACCUCGUCGGCGCGGCCUUCUUUGUUCUCAGUCUCGGUUUUAAGCAGAUGGCUUUGUACUACGCCCCUGCGAUCGGCACUUACCUUCUCGGCAAGUGCAUAUAUCUGGGUCCUGUCCAUGGCACACGCCUUUUCGUCCGCCUCGCCGCCGUCACCACCCUCACAUUUGCUCUACUCUUUGCCCCUUUCCUCCCGCCGUUCGCACCCGUAUCGGGCAUCCUUGAUCCUUUAAGCCGUAUCUUCCCCUUCAACCGUGGUCUUUUCGAGGACAAGGUCGCCAAUUUCUGGUGCCUCACCAACGUCGCCAUCAAAUGGAAACAGCUCUUCGCAGGUCGAGAACACAUCCUCGUGCGGGCGAGCGCGGCGUUCACUAUUCUCGGCUUCGCGCCUGCCGUCGCUGGACUCGCGUGGGGCGCGUACAAGACACGGCUGUCCCUCGUCGCGGCCGAGUCUGCGCCUGCAGUGCAGCAGGAGAAGGAGAAGGAGGAGGGGAGAGGUGGCGGAAGUGUUUUGGCGGAUAAGAGGACGCAGACGGCGCUGUUGCCACUGCUGCCGUAUGCGCUGCUCACGAGCGCGAUGUCGUUCUUCUUGUUCUCGUUCCAGGUGCACGAGAAGACGAUUUUGCUGCCGCUUAUGCCGCUUAUGUUGCUCCUGUCUGGCGCGUCGCAUGGGGGUGAGGUGUGGGCGUGGGGUGUGCUCGGAGCAAAUGUGGGUGCGUUCAGCAUGUGGCCACUGCUCAAGCGUGACGGCCUCGGUAUGGAAUACAUGGCGACGCUCGCGAUCUGGAAUCGGCUCGUCGGGUUCAGCCCGCUCUCGCCAAAACUCGACUCCUUUGUCGGCAUACUUUCCUUUGCCGCGCACACCGGCAUGUUCGCCCUCCACUUCCUUGAACUCAUCUUCGCAGCGCCCGCACGCUAUCCCGACCUCUUCCCCGUACUCAACGUGCUCCUCUCCGCACCCGUCUUCGGUCUUAUCUGGAUAUGGAGCAUCAAGCGCGGCAUUCAGGUCGGCUGGGCGCUCGGCGGCCUCGGGCCCUCCGCGAUCUCGACCCCGUCGAACUCUGUCGGCGGCGGGGGCGGCGGCUCUGUUGGUGGGGAUAUCGACGGCAUGCCUGGGCAGACGAGCCCGGUGAUUGGGAGUUUGCGGAGGGAUGCGGGUGUGCGGACGACGAGUAUGUCUAGUACUAUGGGGAGGACGGAGAGGAAGAGGAGGACAUCGACGAGGGCAGAAAGUGUGGGGCUGUAA